ACCGAUAAAAAAAAAGUUAUAUCAAAAAAGUAUAACAACUUGUUGUCAAAAAUGAUGGGCAAAAACAGUGAAUUAAAGGCCCUGUGGUUGGCUUUUAUCGCGUAUUUCACAUACUAUUAUAAUCGGAAAAGUGUAACCCUGGUGUUUCCACAACUCAUCCAAGAGGGUCUCACUCAGCAAGAUGCUGGCACAAUAAUUAGUUCGCAGAGCGUUGCCAUGGCAUUAGUCACAUUUGGUGCCGGCAUUCUUAGCGAUCGCUUUCCGGCCAAACAUAUGGUCUGUUUCGGUCUAUUGGUGUGCGCGAUGUCAACCCUACUGUUCCCAACAGGCACUUCGGUGGGCCAGUACUCGCUUUAUUGGUUCAUUAACGGGUUGGGUCAGGGCUUUUCAUUGCCAUCGCUACUAAAACUGACCAGGGAGAACAGUACGCCCACACGGUUCGCCACCAAUUGGUCAGUGGUGUUGAUCUCGGUCAAUUUCGCCGGCGUGUCCAACCCGUUCAUCACGGCAUACCUGUCCCAGACGUACUACUGGCGCACAUCUGUGUAUAUUAGCGGUGUGUUGACCUUGUUGGUAGCCAGCACCUGUUUUAUACUGUUAGAUUCACCCGGUGAUAGCGAUGAACAUGGUGAAAAGUCCGAUACCAGUGCUAAAAACAAUAAAAAUAAACAUGAUGACGGGCGAUGGUUAGAUAUUAUACAACACCCACUGGUCCUGAUGUGCAUUAUUAGCCGAUUCUCGGUUGCCGUCACCCGACAGGGUGUGGGCGACUGGUCACAGAUAUACCUGGUUAAUGAGCAGCACCUGGACGUGUACCUAAGCAGCACAUUUAUCAGCUUGGUGGAGAUUGGAGGAAUAUUUGGUAAAUUAAUCGCCGGCCGUAUAAGUGAUAUAUUACUGCGAAGAGCUAUAGCGGCUGGAGGUCCCGGCGCUGAGAGUGAUGGCCAAUUGAAACUGGAGGCCCGACUUCCGGUGUCGAUCGCUAUGUUAUCGUUCAGUGCACUGGCGUUGCAUUUGUAUUGUUUUCAUAUUAAACAUAACACGAGUCUCCCGGUGCUCGCUGUGACCGCACUGUUGUUGGGUAUUAACGCGUCGGGCAAUGUCGUCAAUUUGUCGGUCAUCGCCACCGAGAUUAGUCCCAAGAGGGCCGGACUGUGCGCCUCAUUAGUCAACCUUUCGGCCAAAGGAUAA